GUAAAAUAAAUAAACAAACAGGUUCAUUAGUUAUGCCUUGCUAACGACCACCGGAGCAGAGGGGGGUUCCCCCUGCCACAGAUCAAGUCACCGGGCCUUGAACCUGACCCCUUCGGCUCAUCUAGGGCGAGCUUGUCACAUUGCAUUCCCGCUGGUGCAUUGUUGCCGCAGGAGCUCCUCAAUGGUUUUGAGGGAGAUAGAUAGUGUGGCCGUCCAUCUAACAAACCUCCUCUCUCCCCUCCCCGAUCUCUGCGUGCUCCCGGUUUUGACACAGGAGACAAAACCCGCGGAGAGGACUAUGAAUGGUAAAGCACCGAGGAGGCCGAGGGAGAGCAAAAGGAGGCGGUGUGCCUUUGUAGUCGGGGAGGAAUGCGGAAAUGUCCCCGCUCCGUGUCAAACCUCUCUGAAGGGGGUCAGGCCACAUUCAGCCGGCGUGGGAAAGCCAGGCAGAGACGGAGCUCACACAAGGCGAGCGAGGCUGCAGUUGCAUAGGCCUAUCCGCGGAUAUAUGGAAGAAAAAAAAAAACAGAAGAAAGAAAGAAAGAAAGGAGAAAAUCCAAAGAAGAGCGUGGUUCUGGAGGGCUAUAUCACGCGUUUGCCUUUGUCCUAUGACCCCCCUCCCCAAUCAUACACCCCCUCCCCUCCACACACAAACUUGAAGUGAGAGUGUGUGUGCGCGCAAGUUUGCGUACGGCCCACCACCGCCGCCACCUCCUCCUCCUCUGCUCGUUUUUAGUGUCUGCCUGGGCUGGUGUAGUCUGAGGGGAUGGGGGGUUAGAGCCUGCACCGUCAACUACCUGUGUGGCCCCGGCAUGGAGGAAAGUGGACAGGGAUGCAUUUGACGGAGCAGUUUUUAUCCGACACACGAAAGCGUCCUCAGCGUUAUACCGGGCAUGCCGACGUUGCGACGUUGUAUUGACAACAUAAAACAAGGCAUUGCAUGUGCCAACUUUUUUCUCUGAAAAUGCCUUUGUAAGAGAGUCUGGCUCGUCAUCCUCGCCCGGGAUUCCCCGCAAUAUUUUCAACAAGAGAAGAAGAAGAAGGGGGGGAAAAAGUUCUGCAAAAAUGGACAAAGAAAGUAUUGGUACUCAGUAUGAGCCUGUGGCCGAGAUUGGAGAAGGCGCCUACGGGAAAGUGUACAAGGCGAGAGAUUUGAAGAACGGGGGACGCUUUGUAGCCCUAAAAAGAGUUCGUGUCCAGACGGAGGAAGAAGGCAUGCCGCUGUCCACCAUCCGCGAGGUGGCGGUGCUGAGGCAGCUUGAAGCCUUUGAGCACCCCAAUGUUGUCAGGUUGUUUGAUGUGUGCACAGUCUCUCGGACUGACCGAGAAACCAAACUCACUCUGGUCUUUGAGCAUGUAGAUCAGGACCUGACCACCUACCUGGAAAAGGCUCCUGACCCUGGAGUACCGCCUGAGACCAUCAAGGAUAUGAUGUACCAGCUGCUCCAGGGGUUAGACUUCCUGCACUCGCACCGCGUGGUUCACCGUGACCUAAAACCCCAAAACAUCCUGGUCACCAGCGGAGGACAGAUCAAACUGGCCGACUUUGGUCUAGCUCGCAUCUACAGCUUCCAGAUGGCGCUCACGUCAGUGGUGGUAACACUGUGGUACAGAGCCCCAGAAGUGCUGCUCCAGUCAAGUUACGCUACACCGGUGGACCUGUGGAGUGUCGGCUGCAUCUUCGCUGAGAUGUUCAGGAGAAGGCCGCUGUUUAGAGGAAACUCGGAUGUUGAUCAGCUAGGAAAGAUUUUUGAUGUUGUCGGGGUACCCUCGGCAGAAGACUGGCCCCAGGAAGUAGCCCUGCCACAGAGUGCCUUCACACCCCGGCCCCCGAAACCAAUAGAAGACCUAGUUCCAGACAUGGACGAGCAGGGACGGGCCUUGUUAAUGCAAUUCCUCACCUUCAACCCGUCCAGGAGAAUAUCGGCCUUCACUGCGUUGAGUCACCCCUACUUUCAAAGCGUGGACAGCCACAGCAGAAGUGUGUACGCAGCCCAGCCCAUCCCCAGCAACAAGUCCACGAUGGAGGAGAGGAGUGCCUGAAAGUCCUCUUUUCCCCCCCCCCUUUAACCGCCCUCCACGUUCUCGUGGCUAUAAGUAGUAUUUACUGUACCCUUCCUAAAAAGUUUGUCAUGUUUUAUUUCAGCGUGAAAUCAAAAUACAUUAGUAAAGGUUUUUUUGGCACUGAUUACCAGAAAAAGGUUUCCCUUUCAACAAAUCCACUCAAAUCAAGUAAAAACAAAACAGCUGGUUACAGGAGAGUUCACAAUCUCAAAAAAAUAGUCCAGAAAAGGCAUCAGUGUUUGAGUACUGCAGCUUUUCUCCAUUAUGAUGACGCCAUUCUGUAAUGAGGUUUACAUUGUGAAUUUCAAAGUCUAUCCUUUGCUUUAUUGAUCUCCCCACUCAAGUCCUCAGUGGCCUCCUGCAAAGACGCGUCACCACCAACAUAUAGCACUUAGUUAUUGGUCAGAAAGCUUUAAUUAAGGGGCGUUUGCUGAGCUGUGUUUUAAUGUUUGUCCUACGUGCCAAAUACAAGCUGACAAGUAAUGAGAUUUUCCAGCUGUUGGGCCCUGCAGGCAUGAUGUUAACUAAAGAACAGCACAUCUGGGUUUCCAUCAGCAGCGCUCAGCCACAUUAGUUCAAUUCAGUUUUAUUUAUUUCAGAAAGAUAAAGGCCAAAUCACAACAGCAGUCACCUGGAGAUGCUUUAUUUUGAAAGGUAGAGACCCUACCUGAUAAGCGAUGAGUUGUAUCAGCUGAUGCGACGUGUGACACAGUUUAGAGCGGUAAUAUUGUCACUCCUUUAUAGGUAACUUCGUUAAACGUUUUCUUUAUGAAUGUUUUCUGAUAAUCAGUGUCAAAAAAAGCAUCAUUAAUGUUGGUUUUACGUUGCAUAUAAAACGAAGCCUAAAACAGACUAAAGUGGGCAAAUACUUUCCCCCCUGGGGCGUAUAAAACGCUCUGGGGGGCGGGUGAAGAUGGGAUGGCACCAAACGCCCCCCAGAACCCUGCGCACACAAGCUGUCAUCCUUCCACGAACUGAUGGAUUGUAAAUGCUGCUUUCAGGAUGUGAAAUGUUGUGUAACAAUGCAAAGUGACCCGAUCCUUUUAUUGACUUGGAGUUGGGACUGUAGAGUCCGAAGAGCGGAAGCCUCCUUAUGCCCAGUGUUUAUACUUAACAAUGGAAAAAAAAAGACUCUGGACUGCAGGAGAGAGAGAGAGACCAGACCAGAGCCUGGAUGGAUCUCACCUGCCUCUUUAUUUUUGUUGUUGUGUUGUCUUGUUUGUUGUUUUGUUUUUAUAAAUAGCUUGCUUACUGCUGGUGUGUGCAGUGAGAAGACGAACGUUUCACACGCACAUUUAUUGUCCCCAGUGCCGCUGACAUAAGCACGCUCACGUACCCAUGUACUCACUCGGACGUUGUUAGGCAUCACAAACCAGCCACCCACUGCCAUGUCCAUUAUCAUUCCAGUUUGACCUAGAAUAAUGGUGCCACCUUGUGGAAGUCUAGAGUAACUGCAGACCAGUAGCGGGAUUCUAAUGGUUUCUGCACACAUCGAGGAACUCGUAACGGGGCUGAUAUCGGUGCUGAGACAACUUGGAGAUGUUCCUACAACUUACAUAGACUUUGACUUUUUAAUGACUUUUAGCUGUACCAACGUGAGCGCUUUGUUUUAUCAUUAUUGUGAAAUCAAAUUAUUUCUUUCCAAAUCAUACAGUAAUGCACAGACAGACCUGCACAAAGUGUCAAAGACAGACCCACAAGCACUAUUCAUUCAACAUGGUAGAAUUUUGGCACGCUUUUGUGUCACUAAUAUUCUGUAUUUAAUUUUAAUUUUAUUGACGAGUCUUAUAUACUUGUAACUUGAUUUUUGUUUUGUUUUUUUAAUGCUGGGGUAUACAGUGUUCUUACACCAGUGACGCCAACUCAUUAAAGGAUUGUAGAGUCCGUGUAAGAAUAGUUUGACGUUGUAAGGAAUGUAUAAAGGAAAAGCAUUGGUACUGUACAGUAAAUUGUGCUAGUUCUAAAGUACAAGCUGUAACAAUAGAAACCUUUUGAUACGUGCGUUUGUCAGCACAUAGGCAUGUCGUUAAAACGGAUAGACGUAGAGUAGCGAGGGUCUGCAGAAUGUUGCAUGGCGAGAGUUGUUUCUUUGUUUUCUGUUUUAUUUGCGUGUGGUGGGUUGUUCCGACGGAUUUCUUUUAUCAUGUGUUGAGAACUACUACGGAUUUUCCAGUAGUUUUGAUGACGAUGUGAUGCACAAUAUUUUGUGUACAGUUUCUGCUUUAUUUUACCUUGGCGUGCCGUUCUAUCCAAGUUAAGUUUUGAACCGCAAGGUAAAAGCAAGUUUUUCCAGAGUUGUAUUUUUGUAUUUAGUAGUUCUUGCAGAACAGUAACAUUGUAACACUGGUUUUUGUUUUGGGGUUUCGUAGCAGGUAGUGCUUUUAGCACACAGACACAGACACACACAGACUCAAUCUCUGACUUUCUCAGGUUCUCUCCACGGACGUCCGAAACCUUUCGGGCACAGUUUGCACAUCUCUGGGUUACUGAAUGACUACGAUACAACUUCUUCAGGUUUUCUUUCAAGCUGUCUAAGGAUCGUGUCAUUGAUCACAAUCUACUGUCUUUACUAUUUAUCGAAUAUAUGUUACUGUAGUCCUUACUGUCUGAAGAUAACUGCCUGUAUAAACUGUUCUUGCCACAACCUAAUGACCAGGUGGCAAACAUGACAGAAAUACAUGUCUGCUUAACACUGUGUGAUUUUAAUUUUUUCUUCUUUUUUGUUUUUCUAUUUGAUAACGACUCAUUUCUGGUGUAAGUGGCAUCUACAAUGCAAUCAAAGCUACAAAUGCGUUAGACACGGAGGUUUACAUUUAAAAUAUUGACUGCUUUAAUCUCAUUACAGUUAAUACAGUCACUGUGUGCUUUCUUAUGAUUUAACCAAUCUGUAAUGCUCUUCAGUCUCAUAACAACUGAAAUCCGCUGCUGAACUCUAAGCAGUGUCACUAUUUUUGAACGUCGCUUCAUCCAUCACUCAUAUUGGCAUUAUACUUAUGUAUGAAUGCAUCGGUGUCUUAUUAUUAUGUUGCACCAGCUGAAUAAAAAGCAGCUUUUUAUUAA